AUGAGCUUCAAAUUUGGAAUCCGACCUUUUCGUUGGGGAUGGCAGUGGCUUAUUUCUUGGGUCCCGGUUCAGUGCAUUCUGGCCCAGCAGGCUACUCCACGUCGAAGUCGGAAUCUUGACGGAUUUGGCUGCGUGAAUGUUGACUCUAAGGGGCUGAGAGCAAAAAAAGGGCGGACCAUUCAAAAGUCUAAAGAGAAGAAGAAAGAAGAGAAGAAAGAAGAGAAGAAAGAAGAGAAGAAAGAAGAGAAGAAAGAAGAGAAGAAAGAAGAGAAGAAAGAAGAGAAGAAAGAAGAGAAGGAUCAAAAGACCUCACACAGCACCACACAGAACACCAAAUACCACACAGAGGGCGACCCUCUUACUCCUAUUUGCUUUUCUCGCUAG